AUGGAAAUGGAAGACGGCCUAACCGGUGCAUCGCUGGCCUCGCUUUUCAUCGCUCGCAAUGACGAGAACCGGUUCAGUAUCGCUCACUACUGUCUUGAUGAGUUACUCCGAUUUGUACGGGAGAGCACCGAUAGCGAACGCGAUCUGGCGAUAAUGGUGGAGAUGGCGGCUGCAGCCACAUACACGCGGAUGAUGGUGGAAAUUGCGAACUUGACAGACAUGUUCUACAAACAUAUACGGCGUGAGCUUCCUUCAGAGGAGAAGGAGCUAGCGGCUCUUCACCGCAAGAUGACAGAUCUUACGGGCCUUCCCAUGAAGGGCGCGCAGCGUUUGUUCGACGAGCUUGUUCCAGAUCAACAAGCACUGUACGAGUUGUUCGUGCUUGGGAAGCCGAAGGAUCAAUUGUCUUGCCAGCCAAGUGCGGCAGGGACACUUGCCAUGCUUGCAGUGUACGAUUGGGACCAGAAGACGCACGGAUCUACUAGGCCUGAAGUCCCUCGCUUGGUGCGUAUCCUACGUCUUGUCUACCGCAGCGUGAUAAUAGAUCUCAUCAGCGUUGCUUGCAAUGCUACCGGGCGGAUGCGGCAUGUAGGGUACCGCCCGGACAGCCGCGAAUGGGCCGAGGCAGAUAUGGGAUAUGCUAUGGCCCAGCUAUCGGCCGUCGUCGAGAGGCUAAACGACGAGGCGGCGUCCGCGGCCGCGGUGGCCGCAUCCGCUGCUUCCCAAGAGAUGGCCUCCGCAGACUAG